AUGGCUACUUCUUCCUUCAGCACUGAUUACGAAUAUUCCGCCCAGGAAACUUUCGAAAACGGCGAGCGUACGGACAUGGUUCAAGUGCAACGGCGUUCGAUGGAGUCACAAAAGGUGACCAAAACGACGAAGGUAGUGACUACCCGAACGCGGGAAGCGAUCUCUCCUGGAUCAGCCGGUCACAUGUCUACUUCUUACGUCUUUUCCAGGGAGCCUGGCCAAUAUGGCGAUAUUUCUGAUUACGGCGAGUAUCUCUCAAACUACGCUCUGCCCAGUUCUCCAAGUGUUCCGCACGUAAUCGAUUUCGAUUCAUCAUCAGUAAUGCUGACGUGGCUUCCGCCGGAUCGGGACGGUGACAGCGGCUGCUUGGAAGGUUAUCUCGUCCAGUAUCGUCUGGCAAACGAAAACGAAUGGUUUUCGGCCAACGCCGAACUCAUUCAGGAUACUCAGUAUACCGGUGCGUGCAUAUUUUUGGUUUUGCCAAACGGGCAGUACGAAUUCAGGAUUGUGGCCAAGAACUCGGUCGGCUUCGGUGAACCGUCCAACGCCUCACAGUUGCUUCAGCUCAGGCCAAACGUUAAUAUACCGUACUUCUCGAAGCGGCUGAACAGAGAAACGAACGUGCCUACGUCGCCUGGCAAACCUCGGGUGUUAUCUUUCGGCGAAUCAGUGGUGGAGUUAGUCUGGGAACCGCCGAUAUUCUGUGGAGCGGCUGGUCCGGUGCUUGGCUACGAUAUGCAGUACCGACCAAGCGGCAACGUCGAGUGGACAAACGCUAAUGACUACCUCGUCCAAAACCUGUCCUAUACUGGCAAGGCGACGAUGCUGGGCCUAAAGCCUGGCGGAAAAUACGAAUUUCGGGUCGUUGCCAAGAACGUAGACGGAUAUUCACCACCCAGUCAGGUGGUAGAGUUGCACCUGGUCCAAAAAGAUGCGCGGGAACCGUCGAUCGAGUCGAAAUACGGUAAGCCGACCAGAUGCCAACGCAUCUUCAUGAUGUUCUGUAUAAAGCUAACGGUCAUCUAUCCAUUCUUAUAG